AUGAGCGGAAAAACUUGCCAAGCUAUUGUUAUUGUUACCUCCAAGGAAGGGUCACCAACUUUGGUGAAAAAGUCCAUCCCGGUGCCUGAGCCAGCGCCCAACCAGGCUUUGGUGAAGGUCUCGCAUGUUGCCCAGAACCCAACAGACAUACAAGCAUUCGACGGUAAAGCUUUUGGCGAUGGUGCAGUGUUGGGUUGCGACUUCGUCGGCACUGUCGAAGAGACUGGCAGCCAGGCCAGCAAGUUGAAGAAGGGCGACAAGGUCGCUGGCCUGAUUUGGGGUGGUGAAACCAAAGGAAUUGGAGGUUAUAGCGAGUAUACCCUAGCGGAUGACCGCAUCAGUUUCCGUGUUCCUCAGAACAUCACCGCAGAGGAAGCUGCUACACUGCCUCUGGCUUCAAUGACAUCAUGGCUUGCGUUGUUCUCGAAGGACUGCCUGGCUAUACCCCGAGACAGCGGGCAUGAUACUUCGAUCCUGAUCUGGGGUGGCAGUUCCAGCGUCGGUCUAUAUGCAAUCCAAAUUGCAGCCUUGCACGGCUUCAAGGUCUUCACCACCUGUAGCCCUCGACACUUCGACCUAGUAAAAUAUCUCGGGGCAAAGCAUGUGUACGACUACCAUGACGAGAAUGUUGUCGAUUUGAUCAAGAAAGCAGCACCUGGACUUAGAUACGUCUUUGAUACCAUUGGUAACAAGACUUCAUCCGGCCUCGGGUCUCAAGUCAUUGAUGAGAGUGGCGGCCGCCUAUGCACUGUGAGGCCUGGCAAAGCCAACACGGAAGAUGUCACCAAGCAAACUACGGUUACAGACGUCCUCGUUUGGACAGCUUUCUUGAAAGAGCAUCGAUACGGCAGCUUCCACUGGCCGGCACAUGAGGAUGAUCAUAGACUUGGGGCUGAGUUUUUCGAGAAGCUUCCGGCUUGGGUUGAAGAAGGGAAGAUUAAGCCGAAUAAGCCCACAAUAAUCCCUGGCGGCCUUGAUGGCGUAUCGAAAGGAUUCCAAAUAUACCGAGAUGGAACUAUUUCUGGAACGAAGCUUGUCUACAGACUAUAG